GAGGAGAACCUGUAGAGACCACCUGAGUGAAUGUAUAGGUUUUACCUUAACUGGCUACAUCAGCGUCAAAAUGACUUUUUGGUGCAACUCCUGCAAAUGCCAUGUUGCUACUCCGUGCACCUCCCAUCAUCAUCUGCAGCAGAAUCACCGCGGCUCCUUCUGCAGGAGGUUCAGAUCCACCAAAGGAGCGUCCAAAGCCCGCCGGGACCACAUCAAUCACGAGAUUAGGAACAUGCGCGCCUUGCUGCCCAUUACCCAGGAGGACCAAGAGCGUCUCUCCUACCUGCACUCCAUGGCCGCCAUCUGCGCCUACAUCAGGAAGUCUGUUCUCUUCCAGGGACUCCCAGCUGGGGAGAGACCACAACGCUGUCUGCCAUACGAGGCCUUCCUUCAAGCCCUGCAUGGCUUCAUCCUGGUCACCACCGCCCAGGGGAGGCUUGUCUAUGUGUCCGAAAAUGUGGCUGAAUAUCUCGGCCUUUCCAUGAUAGAUGUGCUUCAAGGAGACAGUUUGUAUGACAUGGUUGAACGCUCAGACGUUGAUGUUGUUAAAUCACACCUGGACAUUGAAAACAACUCAUCAUUAGAGAGGAACUUUAUAUGCUGCAUGCAAACCUCCAAGGCCUUCAAGCUCCAACACGGCAGCUGCUGUUCCAUGCUGGUCAGAGGGAGCUUCCAGUCCUUCCCUCAGCCUUGCCGAUCCUCCUCUUCAGCCUGUCCUGCCAACCAGUCUCUGUUUGUGGCCAUCUGCACCCCCACGGUCAACCGCCUGCAGAGCUCCAACUCCCACUUCUGUCAUAGCUUCAGGAGCGUCCACAGACUUGAUAUGACCUUCGCUCAUCUGUCAGACAGUGUUUUAUAUUUCUUGGGGUAUUCGGCAGAAGAGAUGACAGGUCGAUCUUGGUACAGUCUCGUCCACCCUGAAGAUCUGUGUCUGAGUGCAGAUUCUCAUAGAAAUUUAAUGAAGGCAGAUGAGGGCUGUCAGGUAGAGAUGGUGCUCAGACUACAGUGUAAGGAUCUGUCAUGGAUGUGGAUCUACAUUCGAGCUAACAAGGACUGCCAGGGCGUGAGCUGCACCAACUUUAUCAUCAGUGAGACAGAAGCCAGAUUUCUGCAGGAGAAAAUCAGCAGUGAUGCCUUCAGGCCAUCAUCUCUCCCAAAUUCCUGCAAUUUUGCAGGUCAACAGGCGCCCAACGCUCAGAGCCACAACAGCACUAAAUGCUGUAAAAGGCCGAGGACGUCUAACAGCCAAAGUGAGGAGCCAGCUGCCAAAUUGAGGAGGGAGUCAGAGAGGGACAUUUACUAUGUGGCGUGUGCCUCCUCCCAAGGCUCACCUGUUACCUUGGGUGACAGCCCUGCUCUCUUCACCCCUCCCUACAGCCCGGCCUCCUCCAGCUCCCCUCUGCAGCAGGAGGAGCUCAGUCAUGACCUCCUGAUGGACGUGCAUGGAUACACAGAUCAGCUGCUCUCCUCCCCAGAGUGCUCUCCCACCUAUUACUCCUACCCUGAGGCAGCUCUCACCUGUCACCAAUCACCCUCCGACUCCCGCCCUGCAGUCGCAGAACAAACCUUUGACCAAGCAGCCUUCAGCGCUCCCUCUCCACUCGCCUCCUCAUCUCCAACCUAUGAUUUCCAGGCUUGUUCGGCCGAUGCACGAUUAGUUCCAGACCGCCUGUCUGUGUCGGACAUGUGUGAGAGCCCGGUCGACUGUGCUCUGCAUCCAGAUGAAUUCAGCCUCAUAGAGCAGCCACAUGAGGGCAGCCUUGUCCAAGUGCAUCAUGUUCCCAUGCACCCAAGUCUUCUUACUCCAAACCAGUCUCCCACAUCAACGACGUCUAACCAUUACAGCGAGAGGGAGCAGGCAGAGAUCAGCAUUCUGGCCCAGCAGAUCUCCUCCCUGGCCAGCAGCUUUGCUAAGCAUCACAACCUGAACACGCUUCAAAAUGCACCCCAUCCUGCAACCACUACCACCCUGCCCUCACAAUGCGAAUGGCCCCAUCACCUUCGUCUCCCCUCAGCCCUUCCUCUCAAGCGCGAGCUGAUCCUCGAUGACUGCGUGUUCGACAGCAUCCUCAAAGACUUGGACAUGGUCACAAGUAAAAGCAGCAUAGCUGAUCAUGGUGUUGCACCAUACAGCUACCAGCAGGACUUGUUGUGCUGCCAAAGUCAAUUAGAGCAGGAUCCUCUCGGUGUCUCCCCAACCAUCUCAGAGGAGCUGCUGCCUGCAGAGCCGUUCACUGCCAUGGAUUCCUUCAGUUUGCAGUUGGGACUCCAUGACCAAAACACUGGGUUGCAUCAACUCAGCCACUAUAUUCAGAGUGGCCCCCAGCAAGAUGGACUUGCUGAAGAAAACCUGUACUAAAAUAAGUCUGUGACUUACUGUGCUACCACUUGUAUGACAUAUUGUCAGGGCCUUCACUGGAUUCAAAGACAAAGGUGAGCAGAGACAUUUAAAGAAUGUCUUUGCUAAGACACUGUUUCUUUAAACGACCUGUUUCCAAAUGUAGAAAAGCAUCUAAAGUACAUCAUGUGCUCUUCAGGCUACAGCUUUGUCUUCAUUUCUCCACACUGCUGUCAGCUGUGUUUUAUGUUUUGCUGAUGUCUUGUAUUUUAUGAAAGAGGUACUUUUUUAGAGAAUGUGUGCGACAACAUUUACACACUGAAAUGGAGGUAUAUUUUUCUUCUAAUGCUGAGUGACCACAGUUUACUAUUGAGCACUUUAUCAAUGUCAUUGCCACAAGAAUUUUAUAAAUGAAAAGGCGUCCUUAUUCAAAGGAGUAUCACGUAGUUUUAAGAUGAGCUUUAACACAUAAAUCAUUCCUUAUAACAAAGGGACAUUUGUAAACAUGUGGUUUUCAGUGCCUUAAAAACAUGAAGGGAAGACACUUAUUGUUUUAAAAAUAACAUUUCUUAUGUCUUAUUUUUCUAAGUGUGCCAUUAAUGUUGUUGUGAAUAAAGAAAUCACUUAGCAAGAUAAUGAUUAUUGGUACUUAAACACCUACCUCAAUGUACAUCUAAACACAUUCCAAGUCUGAAUUUUAU